GCUUUGUUUUGGUCACCCCUCUCAUCAAAGAGAGGGCCAAUUAAGGAAAAGCUCUCUUUCGUGCGUGUUCCGCUUUUAGCCAUGAUCCUUUGUGUGUUUUCAUGCCCAAUGUUUAUCAUCCGCCAGCUUGUUGCUUACGUUUUUUGGCGUUCGCGUGUGGGCGGCCAGUCGACAACAGCCUCAUCGUCAUCGACAGCGCUGCUUUUGGUGUAACCCAAGCAAAUCCGCAGACGUCGCGACGUCUAUAUUUUUCAACAGACUUUUGCAUUGCCUUAUUAGUCGUUUUUGUCGCUUUCCGCUUACCGCUUGUUUUUGUUUUUUUUUAUUAUUAUUUUCUUCGCCGCCCCACCGCCCAAAAAUAGUUCGCGAGACCUUGACGUCCGCCUGCACAGAGGAAAAAUUAAUAUUAUGCGAUGAUCAAUUUAAUCUUACACUUCGUUUAUAAACAGAUUUGUAAAAUAUGUCAAAUUGUUGUUUUUGAGAAAUUGUAAUUAGUCUAAAAAAAAUACAAAGUUUUCUGGAAACAGCCGUGCGAUUCGAACUCGGGCUUUAGGCCUAACGGUCCGACGGAACACGACGGAAUUUAAAUAUCUUUGAACUGCGCACUUCUAGGCGAAAUUUGCCUGCUUUUAUUUCUGCCCUUGAAAGUUUAAUUCAGGCUAUGAUGAAAUGUAUCUUUGUUCCUUGUGUAAAGUCAAUCAGUAUGCGAGAUUGUUUCUGGCUUGACAAUAUAUAUAGUAUUCAUCGCUGGGAUGGCGAGGCCGAGGACGACGAGGGCAACAGCAAAGGCAACGAUCGUAGCGAGUGCUUCUUUGCCGGCAAAGGGACCGCCCUGGUCCUGGCCCUUAAGGACAUCCCGCUUCAGCCGCAGAGCGAGCGCCGUCUUAGCACUGACUCCACUCGUUCUAGCAACAGCACGCAGAGCAACAACUCGGACAUCCAGCUUCACCUGCAGUCCAUGUUCUACCUGCUGCAGCGCGAGGACACGCUCAAGAUGGCUGUCAAGCUGGAGUCGCAGCGGUCCAACCGCACGCGCUAUCUGGUGAUCGCCUCUCGUAGCUGCUGUCGGAGCGCAACCAGCGAACGUCGUCGCCACCGGAUCAUGCGUCACAAUUCCGCGAAGGUUGGAGGUACCGCAGGAUCAACGUCGUCCACUGCGGCAGUCACCGCGCAGCGUCAACUGUCUGUCGAACAGACUGCCUCCGAGGCCAAUAGCAAAUGUGAUAGAUCAGCGGACAAGGAGAACGCGACGGCGGCCGGCGACAACAAAAAUACCUCGGGCAUGGAGGAGUCCUGCCUGCUGGGCAUUGACUGCAAUGAGCGGACCACAAUUGGCCUUGUGGUGCCCAUCCUCGCGGACACCACAAUCCACCUCGAUGGCGAUGGCGGCUUUAGCGUCAAAGUUUACGAAAAGACGCACAUCUUCAAGCCGGUCUCAGUACAGGCCAUGUGGUCCGCACUGCAGACGCUGCACAAAGUGUCAAAGAAGGCUCGUGAGAACAACUUCUAUGCCAGUGGACCCUCCCACGACUGGCUCUCUAGCUACGAGAAGCGCAUCGAGUCGGAUCAAUCCUGUCUGAAUGAGUGGAAUGCCAUGGACGCGCUCGAGAGCCGCCGACCACCUUCGCCUGAUGCCAUACGAAACAAACCCCCCGAAAAGGAGGAAACCGAAAGUGUCAUUAAGAUGAAGCUAAAGGCCAUCAUGAUGUCGGUGGACCUGGACGAGGUCACCUCCAAGUAUAUACGCGGACGACUCGAGGAAAUCCUGGACAUGGAUUUGGGCGAGUACAAAUCGUUCAUUGACGCCGAAAUGCUCGUUAUUCUGGGUCAGAUGGAUGCCCCAACUAAAAUAUUCGAGCACGUCUAUCUAGGAUCCGAGUGGAACGCCAGCAACCUUGAGGAGCUGCAGAAAAACGGUGUUCGCCAUAUCCUAAACGUUACGCGGGAGAUUGACAACUUCUUUCCGGGUACGUUCGAGUAUUUUAACGUGCGCGUGUACGACGACGAAAAGACGAACCUGCUUAAGUAUUGGGACGAUACGUUCCGUUACAUCUCGCGGGCGAAGGCUGAGGGUUCCAAGGUGCUAGUGCACUGCAAGAUGGGCGUUAGUCGCUCUGCCUCGGUUGUCAUCGCGUAUGCAAUGAAGGCUUAUCAGUGGGAAUUCCAGCAGGCACUAGAGCACGUUAAGAAACGGCGCAGCUGUAUUAAGCCUAACAAGAACUUCCUUAAUCAGUUGGAGACGUAUAGCGGUAUGUUGGACGCCAUGAAGAACAAGGAGAAGCUGCAGCGCAGCAAGAGCGAGACGAACUUAAAGAGCACAAAGGACGCGCGUUUGCUGCCUGGCAGCGAGCCCACUCCACUCAUACAGGCACUUAACCAGGCCAAGUCCAAGUCUACCGGUGAGACAGGUGUAACACCAGAAGGCGAGGAGGAAGAGGAUGGACCACGCCUUCAUCGCCGAUCAAGCGCUCAAAAAUUACAACGUCGCAUGGUUCGACGCUCAAGCAGCACAUCGCCAAAAACACAAACGGCUGUGGUAACCAAACAGCAAAGUCAGUCAAUGGAGAACCUAACGCCGGAGCGAAGUGUUGCUGAGGAGCCCAAGAACAUGCGCUUUCCGGGUAGCAACGGAGAGAACUACAGCGUCACCCAGAACCAGGUGCUGCACAUCCAGAAGCACACGCCUCUGUCUGUUCGCACGCGGAUUCACGAUCUCGAGGCGCACCAGGCAGACCAACUUCCACAGCAGCGUGCUUGGACUUCGCUGACCAAGCUGGUCACACAAACUUAUAACCUAGCAGGAAGUAGCGGUGGCAGCGGCAGUGGGAACAAUCAACCGCGGCGGGACUCUAGUUCAUCGGAUGUAUUCUCUUCCCAGGUGGACAGUGUUUUUGCAAAGGAGGAAGGUGAGAAGCCACAGCGUCGUAAGACGCACUCCUGGACGGAGUCUUUCGGUCCUAGUGGUGGCAUCGUCCUAGACCCAAUGCCACAGCCACUGAAGCAGCAAUCAAGCGCCAUUAUAUUGCGGCCUCGAGGAAUUCGACAACGAGAACUGCCAUCUCGGCACGCCAGCUGGGGAUCGGGUGACAACCGGACCAGUUUGCCGCAAAGGACCAGUUCUUGCUCCUACUACGACAGCAACCGAAACACCACAGCUAUCUUCGAGGGCGUUAUCCAGGAUCUAAAACGCAGCGGGAAUUGUAAUGUGAUCGAAGGAGCGGAACCUUCAGUUGGAGUAGGCGAGGGCACCGUUAAGCGCACCAAGCAGAAACUGGAAGAGAGCACCUCUUUAAAGAAGCGUUGUCAGGAAGAAAGCAGCCAGGAGCUGCUACUUGAGGCGGUGGAUGCUGGGCAAAAACGGUGCCCUAGUCUCUACAGAAGCGCCUCCUCGGCGCACAGUCCACGGCAGCGACAGCCGCUGCGCUGCAAUAGUGAGGAGCUCAUGCACACCAGCGACAUCGAGAACAAAAAUACUACGCCCGGUGACCAGGAGGCAACGGUAGUUCUUCGCGUUCAGGGUCAAACGCUGGCCGAGGAUCAACGCAUCUCGGGCAAUGUGCAAAUACUCAAGCAGAAUUUUGAAGCCAAAGCGGGAGUAGUGGGCGUUGGAGGAGGCGGUGGAACGUCAACGGGAGCAGGCAGUGGCACAACCAUCGCAGCGACGUUAUCUGGAGGGGCUGGUGCUAGCUCAGUGAAUACCGGCAAGAAGACGACCAGCCACCAAUCACUGCCAUCGUCACCGGUGGCGCAACAUGCCAACCACGUGUCCACCGCCUCGAGCUCCAACUCCUCCGCCUCCAACUCGUCCGAUUCCAGCGUAAGCGAAAAUUGUGAUCGUAAUGUAAAAGGUCUAGUGCAUAAAUAUCAAACCACUACUUCCUGCAGUAGCCAGGCGGCCGCCACGCACACAGUCGCCUGUGCCCCACUGCCACCCGCCGGAACCACCAGCAAUGUCAGCCACGCCUGCAGCACCACUACCACUAGCUUCAAGCAACGCCCGCUUUCGUACUACGACCGUUCGCUAUCAAACCGAUCAACACAUGACUAUAGCGACAGUCGUCCACCGCCCGCGCCCGUUCGCGUCAGCCAAAACAGCGGCGUGCAACAUCACCACCAUCAACAACAACCGGAGCAGCAGCAGGUUCAAAUCCGGCGGCUGGCGCAGCAUGGAAAGACACAUCCGCUGAGCAGGCUAAGUGCUCCAAAAACAGGCUUCAAUACAGCCGCCUACAACACCAUGUAAAGGCCACAAUCUGCUUAACACCAUACAAACUGCAACCUGCAACAUUCACAUGCCACUUGCAACUUGCAAUCCAUACCCUUUAGCGAAUAAGGAUCGUCUUCAUCCUCUCACCUGCUUUACGUAUUUAUAUAUUUGCCCGCUUUCGCCCAUUUUGUGUUUUUUGUCCAACAAUCGAACACCACCACCUCCCCCUCCAUCCCUCAUGCCUUGUGUUUGUUGUCUUGUUGUGUGAGGCGUCCAUGAUAGCUUCUAAAGAUCUUGUUCUGCAACGUGUAAAUGGAACUUUUAAGAUGACAAGAGAGGGCAAACAAAACAACCUAUGGAAAUGAAACUGUAUUUGUACUUUUAAAUUACUUGUAACUGUAUACAUAUUUAUUUUAUAUUAUGCAAGAACUGCCUACGAAUAAACGAUUUAUUGUAUA